GAGCUGUGCCAUAAAGGCAUGACUGCACCCUUGCGUCAAUCAGGGUGUAUUGCCUCCUCGCGUGUUAGGUGGCAGGCAAGGAGCCAUCAUACCUAACCUUGACCGCUAGUCAUUUUCCUGUCGAAAUCCUCGCGUACCGACAGCGAGUAUCAGGUCCUACAUAUAGUACCUCGUUGACUCGUUGUCCCGUGUGAAGCCGGCAUUGCCAUUCAGAUUCACAAUGGCCCGUGACCAAGAGCAAGAGGCAGCACUGCAAGGUGGACAUGGCUUGGUGGACCCUAGGAAACCCUCAAAGCAACUUCCAGUUCCAUGGCAGGUCUUGGAUCGACUUCUCACCUUCCAAAGCGCUGACCAGAAGAGCUGGUGGGAGCGCCUGGCUCCUGUACUGGGCGCCACGCUCCAGAUUACUGGCUAUAGUCUGGAAGCGCAAUACCGGUAUAUGAUGGUGUUCUUCGCGGCCAUAAUGCCAAACAUUGGCCCUGUUCCGAAUGCCACUGCCUCCAACCUGACAUGGACCGGGGUGCUCCCCACCGGGGAAGGCCUUUUAGAAGCCAGCGUCAAUUACCAACGCGACGACCAGGUUCUGCUCCGCUUUUCUCUCGAACCCAUUGGCGAGCAUGCAGGUACCGACGACGACCCGAUAAAUGAGAUGGCCACCCGCCAGGUGAUGCAGACGCUCUCUCGUGCUCAACCGGGCACUGUCGACCUUACGCUGUAUGAUCACUUCGCUUCCACCGUCGCCAUCGACGGGCUCGAAGCUCGUCAGAACUGGGAGGCAAUUGCACAGAUGCCAUGCAAGUCGCACUCUUCCCUGGCCCUCGACUUGCAUCCGACGGCGUUCAAAGUCAAGGCCUACGCUGGGCCCUGGGUGCGAGCAGCAAUAAAGGGGUCGCACUCUUUCACGGUUAUGUUUGAUAGUCUCCGCCAACUUCAGGAAACAUCUGGUCUUGAAUUCGAUUAUAGCGCUAUUGAGAGGUAUAUGUGGACACGGGUAGAGUAUUUCAACCCCGAGAACACGUAUAUCUCCGUCGACUGCGCGGACCCUGCCACAUCACGUAUCAAAGUAUACUGCGAUGCCGAGGCCAGAACGUUGCAUGACCUGAAAGAUAUCUGGAGCCUGGGCGGCAUUCUGCAUGACGAGGCCGCGAAUCGUGGGUGGGAACUUGUCGAGCGCAUGUGGAACGCGCUGUUCCCCUUGACGUUACCUGGUGGCCGUCGCCUGAGCGCCAUGCCCGCUGCGGUCAACUGGGAGAUAUCUCUGACUGACGGCAGCAUUGUGCCAAAGAUGUACUUUUAUGUGGUCGACUUCUUUGACCGAGACGUUUCGCUUGCUGUCGAAGGGCUCUUCCAGGAGCUAGGAUGGCAGAAGCACAUCCAGACAGCUCGUCAGCUCGACACGGAGGUCCACAACCUGCCCGACCGUCCCGAUAGUUCUAGCUGCUAUGUGUGGGUGUCCAUUGCCUACUCCGCCGAGCGUGGUGCGUACGUAACAAAGUACACGAAUCUGGCUUGCAACGCCAUUGUCCAGUAACACACCCAUCGCAAUAAAUAUAUUUGUAUCGUAAACUCAAUCUUACUCCUCCUCUCCCUGCACGGGAUCCCUACAUGCCUACGUAGAAAGGGAAUACCUAGGGUGCAAAUGCUUAUGUAGAUA